AUGCCCGCGUUUUCGAGAGCAGGGGAAGGUGGUAUCAGCAGAAAGAACAAGUCCUCGAUCGUCAGUCUCCCAAUAAUCUUGAAGAAGAAAGUAAACUUUGCGAAAAUAAAAAAAGAAGGGAAAGAAGAAUUAGCGCAAUGGACGGAAACCAAAGUGACGACUAUGUUAUCGUUCGAAGACGAGGUUUUGAACGGCUUAAUCGUGAACAUGUUCGACGAGUGCAGCGAAACGGGCGAAGCCGUGGACGGGACUAAGUUUUACGAACAGCUGCUCCCAUUUUUAGAGAAGGAAAACACGGAGACGUUCAUGUCAGAGCUUUGGCAGUUAGUAACAAACUUGGACGAAGAAACAGGGGUCCCGAAACAAUUUAUCGAAGCGCGCGAGGCGCAAAAGAGAAAAAGAGAAGAGAAGGCGGAUCAGUUUAGGAAGAGCAGAGAAGAUUUGGACCCACGGAUAUAA